AUGGUCUCGGUACCGUACAAAAUCCCAUUGCCUGCCUCUCCGCCACCGACACCGCCAAGGGAGGAUCUCGCGACUGUUACAGCGGGUGCGGGUCGGACAACAGAGACAUCGUCUUCGGCGGCCCCUAAGAAUAUGUCGUCCACAUCAUCCCUCUCUCAGACCGCUGCCAACGCCGGCAAGGCUGCCAAGCACCUGAGCAUGAUGCGCAGUGCGGGUAUUCCUUCUCCCGACGUCUCGCGGGAUAGCUGCGACGAUAGCUACAGAUCCGACCACGUCAGGAAGCUUCCGAAGCUGAAUGACUUUGAGCUGAUCCGUGUUCUCGGAAAGGGCUGCGCAGGAAGGGUGCUUCUUGUCAAGCAUGCGGGUACGACUCGCGUGCACGCGAUGAAGGCCAUCUCCAAGCGAGCAGUGCUGGCAAACGACGAACUCGACCACACACUCGCGGAGCAGCAGAUCCUCAAGCACUUUGCAGCCGACCGCCGCAACCCGUUCGUGUCCCGGUUAUAUUACUCCUUCAGUGACAAGGAGAACUUCUACCUCGUGAUGGAGUUCUACCCCGGAGGAGACCUCGCGACACAAAUGGAGAUCCACGGCAUCCUUGGGCCCUUGCGAACGCGAUUCUAUACCUGUGAUAUCGUCGCAGGCAUUCUCGUUCGCGAUCUCAAGCCCGAAAACAUUCUCCUCAACUGGCAUGGCCAUGCUGUGCUCGCCGAUUUUGGACUGUCGAAGAGCUUCGGAUAUCGUGGCGACCCCAUACCGGUCAAGCUUCCUGCCGAUUACAUCGAGGGGAAGGGCAUUCCGCCAGUGUACGCGGGCAAGGGCUUCGGCUCGUACCGCAAUGGCGAGCUAACCUGGGAUCGUGCUUACUCAUUCGUUGGAACGCAAGAGUAUCUCGCACCCGAAGUGAUCAAGCGCAACCACUACACCUACGCCAUCGACUGGUGGGCCUUGGGGUGCAUCGUGUGCGAGUGCCUGACGGGUCGCGUGCCCUUCCGUGGCCACGACGAUGAGAGCAACGCUGAGCUGUACGAGCGUGUCAUCAACUCCCGAUGGGACGCCAUGUACCGCGGUGAGACCAAGCCGAGGAGCUACUUGAAAGAGCGCUACCGCAUCGACAGCACCACCUACGACUUUAUCGACGGCCUCCUGCAAAAGGAACCAAUGUUCCGUCUGACAGAACCUAGUGUGAAAGUGCAUCCGUACUUCACCAACGUUGACUGGGCUACAGUCGACAAAGGUGACUAUCAGGAUCCUUUCCAGCUUGAAAUCAACCCUGUCGCCGAGUACAAUACGCAGUUCUUCCCCCGUCUGUGUCUUGAGGAGACACCGACGGUGGACAUGACUGGACACGACUACGGCAGAGACUCCGACCGCGAACAGAGCCCACUCAAUAGCGACGAGGUCUACGCUCGUGUGCAAGCCGAGUUUGCAAAGGAACUGGAGUCGUUCGACUGGACGUGCCAGGACUACGAGCUGGAAGACGACGUCUCCGACAUUGCUGAGGACAGCGAGUUCGCCCUCUCCGAGGACGAAAGCGAGGACGAGCCUGUCGACGCCGAGGAGCAGGUGGCCGUGCCGAGAAGUCACUCAGCCACUGAUUCCGAACCCCAGCCGGUUAGCAACGCAACAGCCAGCAUCCGUGACUCUCCCGAACCAGUUCCCAUUGAAGAGCCUGUGUCUGCUGAGAUUGAGACGACUCCUCAACCCCCUCAGCAACCACUUGUCCAGCAGGUCGACAUUCCAGUGGAGAGCUCGCCUUCUGCCCCUGUCAUUCCUGAAGAACCCGCGCAGCCCAUGGUCGAGUCACCUGUCACAGCCAUGGAGACCGUGCACGAGGAUGCGCCUCUGUCUGUGACAACUGUCACAACACCUCCACCUGCGCCCGCGCCCCCUGUCGCACGUGUGGCUUCAACUUCGUCGAAGGAUGCUUCUCCCGACGCUCCUUCCAUCAAGCUUCCGCCUAUCGACGCUCUGGGUAUUCGCACUACCCCUGCUCCCGAGCAGUCCACUGUGCAGCCUGGCGACAUUACGAUCAGUCAGGAUCAGUACCUCAACGUGCGCCUGCCUUCCGGUCCUCCCUCGAGCGGCCUCUCAGUGUCGGACGUCAUUUCCGUUCCUUCGCCUCAUCAAGGCAGCCCGAACCUCCUCAUCCGGCGUCACCGCCACCUCCCUUCGAUCGACCGUGUCAAUCAACGUCUGUCUGUUGACUUAGGCGGCACGUUCGCUCAGCUUGGUGAUGAGGACUGGGAGCAGCUAGACAGCCGCAAGAUUCCGGAAGCUGUCAACGGCGCGAACGCUGCUGGCCAGACCUACUCUCGCUUUGCCCGUGGUCUUGGCUCGGUCCUCGGUCGGCGGCCGUCAUCGCGUACUGGUGGUUUGCGCACUCCUUCCAUGAGCGUACGCUCAGGUCUGCGCAAGAGCGUUACGACCUCCGAGUCUGAGACUGACCAGGAUCUGGAGCGCAGCCCUGGCGGCAAGACUAGGUCGCCGCUGUUCGCUGCUCGAGGUGUCGAGAACACGAAACGAGUCUUUGGUCGCAUCAAGGCGUUCCCGCCAUCAAAGCGUACUGGCCACGACCCGUCCCGAUUGUCUGCUCGCUCGCCACCCACGGUCCACUCGGCCAUGCCAUCGGCCACUCCUUCAGCCACCCACUCCGCAGCCCCUUCUGCCACCCACUCCCAAUCCCCUUCCUCGUCACCCUCCCCUGUCGGCUCCAUUCGUGGAGUCGCUCCGGUCGCCGGCCUGGUCAUCCCCUCAUCACCGCCGACGCUCGCUGCGCCUCUCCCGAUCACCACAACUGCUGCGCUUCCGCCGUCCUCAAACGCUGCCACUGCGUCCCUUGUGGCUUCUCCCUCCACUACGUCUGUCGAGACCCCUCGCCUGAAGCGCGGAGGGUCAUUACGCGCCGACCCUGCCUCGAAGCGGAGCUCUAUUGUCUCUGCCUUCAGCCCCGGCGGUAAGCGUAUCGUUCGGUCGGGAAGCGAGUUCAACUUCUUCUCCAAGCCCAAGGGCCGUACGCAAAUGGAGCGUACCGUCUCCGAGCGCAACCCGAAGGCUCCCGCCACGGCUCCCACGACUGCUCCCGGCAGCCCUGGAGCCACCUCUGACAGUACGUUGAGCGCCGCAAGCGCCAGCUCCGUGCCGCGCAUCGAGUUACAGCCUACCCCGCCCAUCGUGUGGGGUUUGGAGCUCAACACUGAGAAGGCUUAA